CGAGGAAGGAUCCAAAGCCCAAUGAAUGGAGAUAGUGUUAAUGUUGUUGGUGGUGGAUUGGUGCUUAUGAGACUGAAACUAAUACUGUGGCUUUGAUUCAAUUCAUUCGCUUCUCUCCUGAAUGGAUGCUAUUAGAAAGCAAGCCUCCAAGCUUCGCGAACAGGUCGCUCGCCAACAACAGGCUGUUCUGAAACAGUUUGGGGCUGGCGGGUAUGGAGGUUCAGAUAAUGUGGUUACCGAUGAGAUAGAGUUCCAGCUACACCAGAAACUUGAGAAACUUUAUAUAUCAACACGUGCGGGGAAGCAUUAUCAAAGGGAUAUUGUCCGUGGUGUAGAAGGUUAUAUUGUUACUGGGUCCAAGCAAGUUGAAAUAGGAACAAAGUUGUCAGAAGAUAGCAGGAAAUAUGGUGGGGAAAAUACAUGUACCAGUGGUAGUACAUUGUGCAGAGCUGCACUAAGUUUUGCACGAGCCCAUGCUCAAAUGGAGAAAGAGCGUGGAAACUUAUUAAAAGCUCUUGGCACACAGGUUGCAGAGCCCUUAAGGGCAAUGGUUGUGGGAGCACCAUUGGAGGAUGCUCGGCAUCUUGCUCAACGUUAUGACAGAAUGCGACAGGAAGCUGAAGCCCAGGCUAUUGAAGUUUCUAAACGCCAGGCAAAAGUAAGAGAAAUGCCAGGCAAUGCUGAGAGUGUUAUGAAAUUAGAAGCAGCUGAAGCAAAGCUGCAAGAUCUGAAGACAAACAUGGCCAUACUGGGGAAGGAAGCAGCUGCCGCAUUGGCUGCUGUUGAAGCACAGCAGCAGAGGUUAACCCUUCAGCGUAUUAUAGCUAUGGUUGAAGCAGAGCGUGCAUAUCAUCAAAUAGUCCUACAAAUACUUGAUCAGCUUGAGGGAGAGGUGAUAUCAGAGCGACAGAGAAUUGAAGCCCCUCCUACUCCUAGUAUGGAUAACAACAUGCCACCACCCCCAUCAUAUGAAGAAGUGAAUGGUGUCUAUGCUUCUCAGACACAUAAUGGAUCAACAGAUAGCAUGGGUUACUUCUUAGGAGAGGUUAUGUUUCCAUACUCUGCUGUGUCUGAAGUUGAGCUGAAUCUAUCCGUUGGUGAUUAUGUUGUUGUUCGAAAGGUGACGAACAACGGAUGGGCCGAGGGUGAGUGCAAAGGGAAAGCAGGUUGGUUUCCGUUUGGUUACAUUGAAAGACGGGAGCGGGUUCUUGCAAGCAAGGUGGCUGAAGUGUUCUAAAUUUUUUCCUGUUAGUUUGUCGAGCGAUUCCGACCAACUUUGAUUGCAGCUAUAAGCAUAUACGGUCGAAGCAUGUCCCGCAUUGAAUAUCAGGUUAUCCACACCUACUAGAAGUGAUAAGUACUAUUAACAAAUUUUAAUAUGUACAGGGAUGAUAAUAGGCAGGGUCUUCUGUAGGGUACCCUGAAUAUUUAUGUCCAUAUUUGUAUUUAAAGAAAAAGAACUAUAUUUAAACUUUAAUAUA